AUGGCAGCAGCAGAUCAGAGCAUGAGCCUCAUGGACGGCACGUACUUUGUCGGCCGCAAGGAGAUCUUGGACUGGAUCAACGCGCUCUGCGGCGUGUCGCUCGCCAAGGUCGAGCAGACGUGCACGGGCGCCGUGGCCUGCCAGAUCCUGGACGCCAUGUACCCGGGCCGAGUCCAGAUGAGCAAAGUCGACUGGUCGGCCAAUAAGGACUACGAGUACAUUCAGAACUACAAAGUCUUGCAGAAGGCCUUUGUGCAGCUCAAGAUCGACAAGCACGUGGAAGUCGAUCGGCUCGUGCGUGGCAAGUACCAGGACAACCUCGAGUUCAUGCAGUGGUUCAAGGCCUUUUACGAGCGCAAUGCGUCGGGGCAGCCAUAUGAUCCCGUGGCCCAGCGCGACAAGGGAAAAGGCGGUGCACAGUUUACACACAAGUUUGGCGGCCGAGCCGCCGCGUUCUCGUCGACGGCCGCGGCGCCGAUACGUCGUAAAGCCGGAGCAGCAGCAGCAGCCGUGACGACGGCGAGAGCUGGUGCACGGACCGCGUCCAGCGCCGGCACAACGACGACGGUAGCACGUCCUGCGAAGACGUCAAUGGGGGCGUCACGUCGUCCUGUUGGUAGCACUGGGUCGUCUGCUAGCUCUGCUGCGUCUGCGGUGGACGUGGAAGCUGCAAUUGCUGCAGCAACAGAGCCGCUGGAAAAAGAGCUCGAGGAGCUGGUUGCCAACAAUAAGGACUUGAUGAAAGAGAGUGGCGAGCUGCGGGCGAUGGUGGAAAGCUUGGAGAAGGAACGAGACUUUUAUUUCCACAAGCUGCGGGAGGUUGAAAUCAUGCUGCAAUCGACGGAAGAGAGCGAAACGAAUCCGUUGGUCCAAGCUGUUUUCAAGGUACUGUACGCUACAGAAGAAGACGGACCUGAGGACGAGCAGGUUGCAGGCGAACCGCAGGACGAGCAGAUGUAG